GAUUAAGUAUGGCAGGUAUUCGUUUCUUUUCGACAUCGAGCAAGCUUCUAAGAGGCCAGAACUUGACCGAGAAGAUUGUUCAGAAGUAUGCGGUUGGAUUAGCACCCGGUAAGCAAGUUUUCAGUGGAGACUAUGUUACUAUUAAACCGGCCCACUGUAUGUCUCACGAUAACUCGUGGCCUGUUGCCACCAAGUUCAUGGGGCUAGGUGCCACCAAGGUUAAGGACAACCGUCAAAUUGUGUGUACAUUGGACCAUGACGUGCAAAAUAAAUCCGAAUCGAAUUUGAAAAAAUAUACUAAUAUUGAAAAUUAUGCAAAAGAACAAGGGAUUGACUUCUACCCGGCUGGAAGAGGGAUCGGCCACCAGAUCAUGAUCGAGGAAGGGUAUGCCUUCCCGCUCAACUUGACUGUUGCGUCAGAUUCUCAUUCCAAUACUUAUGGGGGUGUUGGUGCUUUGGGGACUCCCAUUGUGAGAACCGAUGCUGCUUCAAUUUGGGCCACUGGACAAACCUGGUGGCAAAUCCCACCGGUUGCCAAAGUUGAGUUGGUGGGAGAAUUGCAGCCGGGGGUUACUGGUAAAGAUAUCAUUGUUGCUUUAUGUGGUAUUUUCAAUAAUGAUGAAGUUUUAAAUCAUGCAAUUGAAUUCACUGGUGAAGGAUUAUCUAAGUUAUCUAUUGAUUACAGAUUAACCAUUGCGAAUAUGACUACUGAAUGGGGGGCCUUAUCUGGGUUAUUCCCCGUUGACGAUGUAUUAAUCAAUUUUUAUAAAGAUCGCAUAACCAAAUUGCCUCAACCUCAUCCAAGAGUCAAUGAAGAAAGCGUAUCGAGAUUAAUCGAAAAUAAAUUAGUCAGCGACUCGGAUUCUGUUUACGCAAAACAUUUGGUGGUUGAUUUAUCUUCGUUAUCACCAUAUAUUUCUGGUCCUAAUUCCGUUAAAAUUUCAAAUUCAUUAUACGACUUAUCAAAUCAAAACAUUAAAAUUAAUAAAGCUUACUUGGUUUCUUGUACUAACUCAAGAUUGAGUGAUAUUAAAGCUGCUGCUGAUAUUAUCAAAAAUAAUAAAGUUCAUCCUGAUGUUGAAUUUUACGUGGCAGCUGCUUCUUCCAAUGUUCAAAAAGACGCUGAAGCAAUUGGUGCUUGGCAAGAUAUCAUCGACGCCGGUGCCAUUCCAUUACCUGCUGGUUGUGGUCCAUGUAUUGGUUUGGGUACUGGUUUAUUAAAAGAUGGUGAAGUUGGUAUUAGUGCCACUAACCGUAAUUUCAAAGGUAGAAUGGGUUCAAAAGAUGCUUUGGCAUAUUUGGCCUCUCCUGAAGUGGUUGCCUCUUCUGCAGUCUUGGGUAAAAUCGGUGGACCAGAAGAGAUUGGCGGCAAAUCAGUCGCCAAAAACCCCGAAAUUGUUAAAUCCAUCACUGUUCCAACCAAUGAAUCUGAACCAGUUAAGGAAGAAGCAUCAGCUGGUGGAGUUGAAGUUUUGGAUGAUUUCCCUAAAUCGAUCGAAGGUGAAUUAAUCUUGUGUGACGCUGAUAAUAUCAAUACUGAUGGUAUUUAUCCAGGUAAAUAUACUUAUCAAGAUGAUAUUCCUCGUUCUAAAAUGGCUGAAGUUUGUAUGGAAAAUUAUGAUUCUGAAUUUUAUUCAAAAACCAAACCUGGUGAUAUUAUUAUAUCUGGUUAUAAUUUUGGUACUGGUUCUUCAAGAGAACAAGCAGCAACUGCUAUUUUAGCAAGAGGAAUGAAAUUAGUUGUUAGUGGUUCAUUUGGUAAUAUUUUCUUCAGAAAUUCAAUUAAUAAUGCUUUAUUGACUUUAGAAAUUCCAUCAUUAAUUAAUAAAUUAAGAGAAAAAUAUCAAGAUUCAAAUGAAUUAACCAUUAGAACUGGUUGGUUUUUAAAAUGGGAUGUUACUAAAGCUCAAGUUUAUGUUGUUGAUAGUGAAGGUAACUUAAUUUUACAACAAAAAGUUGGUGAAUUAGGUACUAACUUACAAGAUAUCAUUGUUAAAGGUGGUUUAGAAGGAUGGGUUAAAUCUGAAUUACAAAAUCAAUCCUAA